AUGACCUCCACUAUCGCCAUCUCUAUCAAAUCUGUUGCUGGCUCGGCUUUUAUCCUCAAUGUCGAACCUUCAAAGACUAUUGCAGAUGUCAAGUCUCUGCUAGCAGCACAUGAUACUUCUAUCCAAGUCGACUCGGUAGUUCUGAUAUACGCUGGUAAGCCUCUUGACGAUGCUAAAACCUUGGCGGACUAUGCCAUUCAAAACGAGUCUACCCUUCACUUCUCUACAGGUCGUUCAACUACUUUACCUGAAACAUCAUCAUCAUCAUCAUCAUCAUCAAAUGCUACAACUACUACAACUACAAAACCAUCUCCAAGCAAAAAGUCAAAAAAGAGAUGUUCAGCUAAAAACUGUAUCUCGGCUCCUCUCCGCUAUGUCGGCGACUGCCAGUUUUGCAACGGUCAUUUCUGCUCAAAGCACCGUCUUUUAGAGCAACAUUCUUGUGUUGGUCUUCAAAACUGCAAACAGCAACUUCAUGAGCGAAACGCUGUCAAACUCCAGUCGGAACAAACUGUCGCCAAUAAAGUCUAA